CCCUGUGCUCACGCUUGACGCGACCAUAUGUGCUGCUGAGGAGGGAACGUCGGCGGUGAUCAGCGAGCCGGAACUGACCAUUGAAUUUACCGCACUGGGAGAAUGGGGAAGAGGCAGAAAAAAGGCGAGGACAGUGCCAAAGAUGAUGGCAUUGACAUCGAUGCCCUAGCUGCAGAAAUUGAGGGUGCAGGUGCUGCCAAGGAGCAGGCUAAAGGGAAGGGGAAGAAGAAGAAAGGUGCAAGGAAAGAGGAGUUUGAUGAGGAUGACAUCCUGAAAGAACUGGAGGAACUUUCUUUAGAAAACCAAGGCACAAAGACUAGCAAAGAGCCAGCUUCAGGCAAGCAAGCUGAGGCUGCAGAUGAAGCAGAAGCUGAGCAGGGCCCUACUAAGGCUGAGAAAAAGAAGAUGCGCAAAGGGAAGAAGGCUAGCUUGGAUGAUGAAGAUGGUGAGGAAGAUACAAAUAAGGAUGACCCAGGGAAUGGCAGCAGCCAGAAGAGCAAGGUGACAGUGGCCCCUCAAAUUGCUCCUUCCGACUCUGAGGAUGAUGACCCCAGGUCCAAGAAGAAAGGCAAGGGGACCAAGAAGGGGGCCAGGAAGGAGCUGUCAGAUUCUGAGGAGGAUGGCACAGAUAGUGCAAGGAAAGAUGGGGGUGUUGGUGGUAAUGAUUCAGAUGAUGACUCAUCUCAGUCCCAACAGAAGGCCAAACCUGGGAAGAACCAGAAGGGAAGGGGAAAGUCUGAAAGUGCUGGGGAAGAAGAUGGGGGUGACGAGGAUGAGGGAACCUUCAAGAUAAAGACAGCUGCCCAGAAAAAAGCAGAGAAAAAAGAUCGGGAACGCAAGAAGAAGGAAGAGGAGAAAGCCAAACUUCGGAAGCUAAAAGAAAAAACAGACGAAAAGGACAAAAAGUCAACCUUGGAGACGGUGCCCAAGAAAGAACCUUCUAAGAAGAAGGAGUCUGCACCCACUCCCCCAGCAGAAUCCAAAAGUCUAGAGGCUGCCACUGUUGAUGAGCAAGAUGGUGAUGAGGAGGAUGCUGAAGGGGACAAGAAAAAAAAGGACAAGAAAAAGAAGAAAGUGGAAAAGGAAGAGGAGAAGAAAAAGAAGGGGCCAAGCAAGGCCACAGUGAGGGCCAUGCAGGAGGCCCUGGCUCGCAUGAAGGAGGAGGAGGAGAGAGCCAGACAGGAGGAAGCGGAGCGGCAGCGGCGGCUAGAGGAGCUGGAGGCUCAAAGACUAGAGAAGGAGCGCUUGGAACAGGAGCGAAAGGAAAAGAAGAAGCAGAAGGAGAAGGAGCGAAAGGAGCGGUUGAAGAAGGAAGGCAAGCUCCUGACCAAGGCCCAAAGAGAGGCCAGAGCAAGGGCUGAAGCCACACUGAAACUGCUGCAAGCUCAAGGUGUUGAAGUGCCAUCCAAAGAUUCCUUGCCAAAAAAGAAGCCAGUCUACUCAGACAAGAGGAGAAAGAAGCCAACAGCACACAGUCCAGAAGAAACCUCAGAGGUGACCUCGCCUACAUCUGAGACACUUGAGCCAAUCAUAAGCGAGGUUGAGGUGGAGACUCCAAAAGAGGAGCCAGUGACAGAGGAGAAGAUGGAGAUGGCCGAUGAUCUGGACGACUGGGAGGCUAUGGCCAGUGACGAGGAAAAGGAGAUGAAGAAGGUCCACAUUGAGGUCAAGGAGACACCUCAGCAGAAACAUACGCAGCCAGAAGAAGAGGAUGAAGGCAGUGAGGAGGAGGAAGACGAAGAUGAUGAUGAGGAGGAUGAUGAGGAUGAGGAUGAUGAAGAUGAGGAAGAUGAUGAUGAGAGCCAGGAGGAAGAACAGGAAGAGGAGAAGAAGGAGAUACAACUGCCUGGCAAGAAGAAGGUUGGGAGGGAGCCAAGCUCAGAGUCCAGCAGUGAGAGCGAGGAUGACGAUGGCAGGACCAAGGAAGAGAGGCUGUAUGACAGGGCCAAGCGGCGCAUUGAGAAACGACGAGAAGAAAACCUGAAGAACAUCAAUGUGGACAAACCGCGGUCACCAGUAGUGUGUGUUCUGGGCCAUGUCGACACAGGAAAGACUAAAAUCCUGGAUAAGCUACGACACACACACGUGCAGGAUGGCGAAGCAGGAGGAAUCACGCAGCAGAUUGGUGCAACAAACGUUCCCCUCGAGACUAUCAUUGAGCAGACCAAGAUGGUGAAAAAUUUUGACAGGGAGAAUAUCAAGAUCCCAGGGAUGCUGAUCAUUGACACUCCAGGACAUGAGUCCUUCAGUAACCUAAGGAACAGAGGCAGCUCGCUGUGUGACAUUGCUAUCCUGGUGGUGGACAUCAUGCACGGCCUGGAGCCCCAGACACUGGAGUCCAUCAACCUGCUGAAAGAAAAGAAGUGUCCCUUCAUUGUGGCACUCAACAAGAUUGACCGCCUGUAUGACUGGAAGAAGAGCCCAGACAUGGAUGUGGUGGCCACCCUGAAGAAGCAGAAGAAGAACACCAAAGACGAGUUUGAUGAGCGAGCCAAAGCGGUUAUUUUGGAGUUUGCCCAGCAGGGAUUGAAUGCAGCACUCUUCUAUGAGAACAAGGACCCACGGACCUUUGUCUCUCUGGUGCCCACCUCAGCACACUCGGGCGAUGGCAUGGGCAACCUGAUCUCCCUGCUGGUGGAGCUGACCCAGAGUAUGCUGACAAGGCGGCUGGCCCACUGCGACGAGCUCCGGGCCCAGGUCAUGGAAGUGAAGGCUCUUCCAGGCAUGGGUACCACAAUAGAUGUGAUCUUGAUCAAUGGCUGCCUACGUGAAGGAGAGACAAUCAUCGUCCCUGGUGUGGAGGGACCCAUCGUCACACAGAUCAGGGGGCUUCUGCUGCCCCCACCUCUCAAGGAGCUGCGUGUUAAGAACCCGUAUGAGAAGCACAAGGAGGUGUCCACUGCCCAAGGAGUGAAGAUCCUGGGGAAGGACCUGGAAAAAGCUCUGGCUGGGCUGCCCCUGCUGGUGGCUUACAAGGAGGAUGAGAUUCCAGUGCUGCGGGAUGAGCUUGUGCGGGAGCUGAAGCAGACGCUGAGCUCCAUCAAGCUGGAGGAAAAGGGUGUGUACGUACAGGCCUCUACGCUGGGGUCCCUGGAGGCCUUGCUGGAGUUCCUGCGUAGCUCCAAAGUGCCAUAUGCCGGGAUCAACAUUGGCCCUGUCCAUAAGAAGGACGUCAUGAAGGCUUCGACGAUGCUGGAGCAUGACCCACAGUUCGCUGUCAUCCUGGCCUUCGACGUGAAAAUUGAGAGGGACUCGCAAGAGCUGGCCGACAGCCUCGGUGUGCGAAUAUUCAGCGCAGAGAUCAUCUACCACUUGUUUGAUGCCUUCACCAAAUACCGGGAGGAUUACAAGAAGCAGAAGCAGGAUGAGUUCAAGCAUGUUGCUGUGUUCCCCUGCAAGCUGCGGAUCCUACCGCAGUUCAUCUUCAACUCCCGUGACCCCAUCGUCAUGGGCGUGACUGUGGAGGCGGGCAUUCUCCAUCAGGGAACUCCCAUGUGUGUGCCGAGCAAAGGGUUUGUGGACAUUGGCAUUGUGACCAGCAUUGAGAUCAACCACAAGAGUGUUGAAAAUGCCAAGAAAGGGCAGGAGGUGUGUGUGAAGAUUGAGCCCAUCCCCGGAGAGUCCCCGAAGAUGUACGGCCGACACUUUGAGGCGACAGACAUCAUUGUCAGCAAGAUCACUCGGCAGUCCAUUGAUGCCUUGAAGAACUGGUUUCGGGAUGAGAUGCAAAAGUCUGACUGGCAGCUCAUCAUGGAGUUGAAGAAGACUUUUGAGAUCAUCUGAUCUGAAAGCGAGACAUGGUUCUAUCCUCUCACACGAACACACAGCCACACACACUAUUGUAUGAUAGAGACAACAGGCACACAUCUAAUGAGAGGAUUGAGGGGACAUCUGAUGGGAGAUGGACGUGCGUGUUCGUGCGCGCGCACUGGGUAGGGGGUGUACAGUCACGCCUUCCUCCCCAUCUCACUGCAAGGGCAUGGAACCCAAUGUAUUAGAAAGAAAAAGCAAACGUUUUCUGUGAGAAACCGAAGUAUUUUCCACUGUUUUUACAGUGAUGUUUUACAACAUUUACUUACUUCCAAUGUGCCUGUUAAUUUUCUUUUUUUCCCCCCCCCUCCCCCCCUUCUCUGGAUGUUUUAAUUUUUCAACUGGCAGCCUCUUGGCUCUCCCCUGCAUUUACCCUGACUGCUAGUUUAGGGGGUGGGUUUGAGGAGGUGGGGGGUAGGUUGUUUGAGGGCUGGCCAAUUCACGAUUGCCCGAAUUUUAGAUGUAUGAAUAUUAAUUUGCCUGUCAGUGUUUUUGGGGAAUGCAUUUAUUUUUAAGAUUGCAAUUGUUAAUCCUUUGUAAUUAACUUGAGCCUCCAUCGUGACACAAUUCGCCGGCCCCCGUCACCGUUUUUCCACUCACGUCCCUGAUGCCCUCCUCCUCAGAAGUUCCCUAGUGCCUAUAGGUUUUUAUAGCAACUGGCGUGAAAAGGCACACCCCCCCCCCCCCCCCCCAACUAGAAUUUGACACGUACAAGAAAAGUUUUUGAACUGUUAAAACAGAAGUCUGCAGCUUUUCCCUGCGUGUACAGUUGUUGGAAAAUGGCAGAGAACAGUUAAAGCCAUUGUAAUUUCAGUGAAAAUAAACUGCAAAUGU